AUGACCGGAGAUAAGAGAAACAAGAGACCAUUGGAAGAACCAACUGAUGCACUAAAGCUCAAAAUUACAUCUCAGGAUGGUACGAUUGUCUCUUUCAAAGCUAAUCCUAGUUUAAUGAUGAAGGAAAUAUUCAAGGCUUAUUGUAAGAAAAAGCAAAUAAUAGAUUACAAAACAGUUCGUUUUUUCUGCGAUGGCCAACGUCUUUCGCCGAAUAGGACUGUAAAUGAACUUGGGUUAGAAAAUGAUGAUCAGAUUGAUGCUAUGCUGAAAAGGAAGGACCGUGAAUUUGAUAAAGAAGGUUCAUCAAGAGCUCCUGGCAGUGGAAAAUGA